CAAACAAACCAACCUGUGUGUACUCACACAGAAAAGAAAACAUGCUGCCAAGACAACAAAUUCAACUCCAGAAUGAAAUCGAGAUUGUUAAGAGUAUUAGGAAACUGACCCUAGAGGAGAGAAGGAAAGAGCUCAGAAGAGAGAUGUUUAGAGAGCUGAAGGAAAUGGAUAUGGAGCGCAGAACAAGAGCUGAUCUGGAAGUGCUUCAGGGAUGCAGAAGAGAAAAAGAGGAUAGAGAGAAAAAAACUGAAGGGUUGAAAAGGCAGAAUGAGGAAAUUGAUGAGGAGACGAGGAGGCAGGGGGCCAAACAGAGGGAGGAGGAAGUGAACAGGGCACAUGAGCAAAAGGCCCUGGAGAAACAAAAACAAGACCAACUGAAGAAAGAGAGGCUUCGGUGGAAGAAGGUGAUGAUGGUGGUGGAGGAGGAGCCGAUCUCAAGGCCCAGUUUCGCUCUGAGUGAUCUGGAAAAGGAGCAGCAGAGGAGGUGCGAGGAGGCGGAGCUUUGCCUAACCUCUGAGCUGAAGGGCCAGGAGCAGAGAAAUAGAAAAACUCUGUUCAACAACUGGGUUGGAGAGCAGGGAACAGAGAGUGAGACUGACGAAGAGAAGCUCCACUCACAUGGCUACACCCACCCCCCCUCCACUGAGAAAGCAAGCCCUAUAUCUGAAAGUGUGUAUCUCAUUUCAAGACCAAAGUCCUCUGAGGAGAAACUGAGGUUUGGACUUGAAAAGUAAUGGGAUCGGAUGGAGAGGAAGAAGAAUGCUCGCAGGAUCACAGCAGAUAAGUGCUAUGCAAGGUGGGCUGCCUUCAAGGAGAGCUGCCAGAGCAAUUUGUUUGAGCAGUUAAACGGCUACACUGAAGGUUUCACCAUGUCCAGAAACAGCAUCCUCAAAAAAUCCAUCCUCUGAAUGUCUCUGUAGAGGAG